GGUGGGAAUCGGAAAUCAACUUCCGGAUACGAACGGACCCCCGUGGUCAAAAGUGAGUAUCCUUCCGAUAGCGACGCCUGCAGCUACAGCUACAGCUACGACAAAGACAGCAGGCCACAAAGAAUAAUCAACAUACUCACUACAGCCGGCAUGCGCUAUGGCGGAUCCUCUUUCUAUUAUCGCUGGAACUGUUGGUCUUCUUGAUGUGUGCUGGAGGGUCGGCUCGUACUUGAGCGAUGUGAAGGGGGCUGCGAAGGACAUAGAAUCUGACCUCGAGGGCCUGCGAGACGAGAUCGACGCGCUACAUGGAAUCAACUCGGUGAUACGAGAGCUUCAGAAGAAGACGGCCGAAGCUGGCUUGAUCUCGGGUCUGGACCAAGCGCCUGAACUCAGCAGGAUAUGGAAGAACAUCGAGGAAAACACACGAGGCUGCACGGACGUCGUAGCGAAGCUCGAAGACGAAGUUAGAAAAAUUAUAGGCAAGAGCCAGCAGGUCAAGCCCACAGGCAAAAUCGAUGGAAUUCGGAAAACGGUCAGACGGCAGUCCACGGAUCCGCAACUAUCAAAAUUCCACCAGAGUCUCUCCAAGUACCAUCAAAGCUCUCAGGUGUGCCUGACUGCUCUUGAUAUCUUCUACUCCAGACACUCUCUUAAGGCAACUGAAAGUCUUUCCGGCAAAGCUGAUAAGCUUCUCGAGAAGGAGUCCCAACUUGAAUACCAAAUCAAGGUCCUCAGAUCUCAACAUAGAGCUACUAACAGCCGAGGACUUCUGGAAACAAUCGAAGCUGCAGCAGCGGUAAUCAGCAAGCCGCUCAACAAGCACUUCAUGCCUCCCCGUUCUGUCAGCAGUAUCUUCACAGGCCGAGAAGAACUCUUGCAGGAGCUUGGAAAGACUCUUGAGGGUGAUUACUCACUCGAGUCAGACACUGUGCAGAAACGAUUCGUGAUACAAGGGCUCGGCGGCUCGGGCAAGACGGAGUUUUGUUGUCGGUUUGCUCAAGUCAAUCGACAGAAGUUCUGGGGUGUCUUCUCAAUCAAUGCCGCUUCGCACGAAACUGCGAAAGAGGGCUUCGCCUUGAUCGCCGAGAUAGGUGGCGUUGAACCCAACGAACGCGCUGCCAAGGCAUGGCUCGCCAGCUUAGAAGUUCCAUGGCUCCUUAUCAUCGACAACUCAGACGACCCUUACCUCAACAUUGCAGAUCUCUUUCCCGCUGGCGAGCGAGGCUUUAUUCUCGUGACCACUCGGGUCCCGGAAAAUACCAAGCAUGGCACCGUUGGACGAAAAUCAUUCGUAUUUGAGCAACUGGAGAGCCGUGCUGCGACACAUCUGUUACUAAAAGCAGCCCAGGUUGAGAGCCCGUGGGACACGAAGACAAUGGACGGAGCGGGCAGGAUCACCAAAGCUCUUGGCUACCUCCCACUUGCUCUUAUCCAUGCAGGAUCCGCAAUCGCGAAUCGGUUGUGCGAGCUUGGAAGCUACCUCGAAUACUUUGAGACGGUCUGGGAUAAUAUCCGCCAAACGAAAAAGCAGACAAGAGCGAGAAGGCCCAGGCAUCCUGAUUCGGACGAUAGCGAAGAUGACCAGACAUAUAUGGGUGUGUAUUCCAGCUACGAAAUAUUGUACAGAAGACUGGAAAGGGGAGCGGGGGAGGAGAGGACCAGCCGUAACAGAGAUGCCAUUGACCUGCUUAGAAUAUUCUCCUUCUUCAAUCGCGAGAAUAUCAGACUUGACCUGCUUAUCGCUGCAGCAAGGAACACUGUACCGAAGCCCGUGGGAAAAGAUGAUAAGCCGAAGCCAUGGACACAAAGGCUGAGAGAGUUAACUUUGAGGGAGUUGCUAUUUGCAUUACGGAUCGAAGUGUUGAAGGAUCGAAGUCAGCCAGUGUUGCCGCAAAUGCUCCGCGAUGUCCUCGAUGAAAGCAUAACAAUCCCCGAGUUUGAAUCACGGCUUCGGAGUGGAAUGAAGGUGCUGACUCAAUACUCAUUAAUCACCUAUCAGGAAGCGACCCACAGCUACGCGAUGCAUCCCUUGGUUCACGUCUGGGUGCGCGAGAGGCCACAAAUGAGCUUAGGAGAAAAGGCCAUCUGGGCGCAGGCUGCGAAGAACACCAUAACUAACAGCAUCUCACUCCCGCUGCAAGGAACCCCUCCCAAGGAAGAACUCGAGUUCCAUAGGAGCCUGCUGCUUCACAUCAUGAACCUGCGCAAGCGGCAAAGCGAGAUCGUGGCCAAGAUCCGAAAAAAUCAGACGCGGUUCUUCAGGAUCUGGCCAGUGGUCGUCCCCAAGUCUGAUCUCGAGGUGGUCGAUCGCAACCAAGCACUGCAAUGCGGAAAGUUCAGCUAUGUAUACACCAUAUGUGGCAAAUGGGACGAAGCCCUGGCACUCCAGCAAGCAGUGAAAGACUUUCUCGUGCCGAAUCUCGGGUGGGAACAUGAAGCCUCAAUACGGAUUUGCAAGUAUCUGGCAAGGACGUACUUGCUCAAGGGACGUUUCAACGAGGCAGGAACCCUGAAUGAGCAGGUGCUCCAAGCAGCAAUAAACUCCCUGGGAGAAGGACAUCAAAUAACACUCGAGAUAAUGGACAGCUUGGGGUCUAUCCGCGUUCUGCAGGGCCGGUUGCCGGAGGCCGAAGAGAUGCAUUCACGAGCCAUCCAAGGAAUGCGCAAGACGCACGGAUCGGAUCACCCAGACACCCUGUCUGCCAUCGACAACCUCGGCGCGGUCUUCUGGCACAAAUUCGAGUUUGACAAGGCUGUAGAAUGCCACUUGGAGGCGUUGAAAGGGAUGAAAACCAAGUUGGGACCCACGGAUGAGCGAACGCUAGCUGCGAAAGAGAACAUUGCGAUGGCCUACCGCGAGAUUGGCGGGGCGUAUCUAGACGAAGCACACGCGCUUAUGGAGGAGGUCCUCGAGGAGCGCACCAAGUUACUGGGGCGGGAGCAGCCAUUCACGCUGAUAGCAAUGUCAAACCUUGCGUACGUCAAGCACACGAUGGGCGAUCACGAGGAAGCAGAACGCAUCAUUAGAAAGGGAUUGCCCGUGGGAGAACGCAACCUUGGGGAAACCCACCACGGCGUCCUAGCCGCCAAGUUGCGCUUAGCAAUCAUCCUCACGGCGCAGAAACGGUACGAAGAAGCCAAAGCCAUCUUCAAGUUCGUGCUCGACCGCGACAAGUACGCCGACUCCGUGCGAACAGAUGGCGCCAUCAAGGGCUACCACGGUUCGUGGAUCUUUGCCUUCUACCAGUACGUGCUGUUCUGGGAGCAUCAGGGGAAGGUCAAGGAGGCGCUCGAUGCGUGUGAGGAGCUGUGCAAGGUGUUGGAGAGCUCGACGCAUCGCAUUCGCAAGAUUGUGUUUGAUAAACGAGAGGAUUUGACGAAGAGGUUUGCUUUCCCUCUUUUGUAAUCGUGCAUCCUUGGUUGCAUAUUGGGUGAUCACUGAAUCUAGGUUUGUCUCGCGGCCUUUUCGAGAAAGAAAAGAGUCCGAGGGGAUUUACCACAUGCUAGUGACAGCAAGAAGGUCUCCAAGCCCCUUAUCCCGUAUACGAUAUAUACCCUCUAGAUAGUUAAAGUCCUAGCCAUAUAACUGAUUACCGCGGUUUUAGCUACUGAAUUUAACUAGUUUUAUUAAUAUUUUACAUAGCCUCGAC